CCGCUCCCUCCCUCCUUCCCUCCGACAGCGCCCCCAGUCUCCAAACGGCCCGCACCCCGCCCCUGGCGGCCGCCUCUCGCGGCUCCCGGGGUCCCCAGCUCCCUGUCCCCGGAGCCAGAGCCCCGCUCCCGCUCUCGCUCCCGCGCGGCUCCCAGCCCCGCCGCGCCGCCCCCCGCAUGCUAAUGGCCGGGCCGCCUCCCGCCGCACACAAUGCGGGCCAGGGCCGGGGGCGGGGGACCGGGGAGGGGGCGGGGGCCGGGCCGGGGGCGGGGGGGCCGGGGCCCGGCGCAUCUCCCCCGGCCCCACGUAACGCUGACGCCCGCGCCGCCGGCCCGCCGCCCGCCGCCGCCGCCGCCGCCGCCGCCGCCGCCGCCGCCGCCCGCUCCGCCGCCGCCCGCCCGGGGCUCCUCUUCAGCACCUGUUGCCUUCACUAGCAGCUUUUCCUCCUCCUCUUCCCUGCACUCCUCAGAACCAAAGAAUGUGAAGGGGGUCCAUGGAGGGCUCACGUCCCCGCGCCCCGGGCGGCCACCUAGCGCCGUCGCCACCGGCCUUCGACGGCGAACUGGAUCUGCAGCGCUACUCCAACGGGCCAGGCGUAAGCGCCGGGUCUCCGGGGAUGGGAGCAGUGGGCUGGUCUGAGAGUCGCACAGGCGAACGGCGCUUCCCCUGCCCUGUAUGCGGGAAGCGCUUCCGCUUCAACUCUAUCCUGGCUUUGCACCUACGGGCGCACCCAGGCGCCCAGGCCUUCCAGUGCCCGCACUGCGGCCACCGUGCUGCGCAGCGGGCGCUGCUGCGCUCGCACCUGCGCACGCACCAGCCUGAGCGCCCGCGAAGCCCCGCCGCGCGCCUGUUGCUGGAGUUGGAGGAGCGCGCGCUACUGCGGGAAGCGCGGCUGGGGAGACCCCGAAGCUCAGGGGGCCUGCAGGCCACCCCUGCCACUGAGGGCCUGGCGCGGUCCCAGGCUCCUUCGUCGUCCGCCUUCCGUUGCCCUUUCUGCAAAGGCAAGUUUCGCACCGCGGCGGAGCGCGAACGCCACCUGCACAUUCUGCACAGGCCCUGGAAGUGCGGCCUGUGCAGUUUCGGCUCCAGCCAGGAGGAGGAGCUGCUGCACCACAGCCUGACGGCCCACGGAGCUCCUGAGCGCCCCCUGGCGGCCACCUCGGCUGCACCCCAGCCUCAGCCUCCACCCCAGCCUGAACCCAGAUCCGUCCCUGAGCCCGAGCCGGAGCCUGAACGUGAGGCAACCCCCGUCUCCGCUCCUGCUGCUCCCGAGGAGACCCCCGCGCCUCCAGAGUUCCGCUGUCAAGUGUGUGGCCAGAGCUUUACGCAGUCCUGGUUUCUCAAGGGCCACAUGCGCAAGCACAAGGCCUCCUUCGAUCAUGCAUGUCCUGUUUGUGGCCGCUGCUUCAAGGAGCCCUGGUUCCUUAAGAACCACAUGAAGGUGCACGCCAGCAAGCUGGGCCCGCUGCGUGCCCCGGGGCCUGGUUCUGGGCCUGCCCGGGCACCCCAGCCUCCUGACCUGGGCCUGCUGGCCUAUGAGCCUCUGGGCCCCGCGCUCCUCUUGGCCCCGGCGCCCACCCCGGCUGAGCGCCGUGAGCCUCCGAGCCUCCUGGGAUACCUGAGCCUGCGAGCCGGCGAGGCCCGGCCCAAUGGUGAGGGCGCUGAGCCUGGGGCUGGCCGCAGCUUUGGAGGCUUCCGCCCACUGCCCUCUGCUCUCCCAGGCCGGGCUCGCCGGCACCGCGCGGAGGAGCCAGACGAGGAAGAGGAGGUGGUGGAGGCAGAGGAAGAGACCUGGGCCCGCAGCAGGGCGGUGGGCCCUCUGGCUUCACUGCCCCCGCGCUCAGGCGAGGGCCCAGGGCACUCUGCGACUGCUGCGGGGGCCCCGGCGAGGUCCACCGCCACGCAGGAAGAGAAUGGGCUCCUAGUUGGAGGGACCCGGCCUGAAGGGGGCCGGGGGGCCACCGGCAAGGAUUGCCCCUUUUGUGGAAAAUCCUUCCGCUCAGCGCAUCACCUCAAAGUGCACCUGCGAGUGCACACAGGAGAGCGCCCCUACAAGUGUCCGCACUGCGACUACGCGGGCACCCAGUCCGGGUCGCUCAAGUAUCACCUGCAGCGCCACCACCGGGAGCAGAAGAGCGGGGCAGGCCCCGGGCCUCCUCCAGAGCCGCCACCCCCUUCCCAGCGGGGUGCAACCCAGUCGUCGGGAGCCAAGCCGGCUGCGCAGCCUGCGACCUGGGUGGAGGGCACAGCGAGCUCCCGGCCUCCCUCGAGCGGCGCCGCGUCGGGGUCCCGUCGGAAGCCCGCCAGCCCCGGGAGGACCCUGCGCAACGGGCGAGGCGGUGAGGCCGAACCCCUCGACCUGUCCCUGCGGGCAGGGCCGGGAGGCGAGGCUGGGCCGGGGGGUGCCCUCCACCGAUGCCUCUUCUGUCCCUUCGCCACUGGAGCCCCCGAGCUCAUGGCCUUGCACCUGCAAGUGCACCACAGCCGCAGGGCUCGGGGCCGCAGGCCGCCCCAGGCCGAUGCAUCCCCGCCCUAUGCCCGGGCACCGUCCGGAGAGACCCCUCCCAGUCCUCCGCAGGAAGGGGAGGAGGGCCCCGGGCUGUUGCGUUCAGGAGAGGCUGGGCUGGGGGGGCAAGAAAGGUAGGGAGCCCUCUUACGGGCUGUUAGCUUAGUGAGUUUACCCCGCAGGAGCGGGGCCGCGCUAGAGGUAGUUGGGUAGAGCAGCCAGCAGGGGGCAGCGUGGGACCCAUAUCCCAGCCCCGGGCGGACCAGAGGUGGAGGGGGCAGAGGGCGUUAGGAGGGUAGGUGGGCGAUACUCACCCAGCCCAAGAGAGAGUCACAGUGCCUUAGAAGUGGCAGGGGUGAGGAUCAAAGAACGGGGUCCCAGAGCUGGCAGAGAGGAGUGUUCCUGGUGAGGGGCAGCUUUGCCAGUCUUUGCUGGUCCAUAGGCGUGAGAGUUUAUUUUUGUACAAUGGGUGGGGGUGGGGGCACUGUACCCUUCUAGCCCCUCCAGGGGCCCUGUAGACGUUGCUAUUUUUGGUACGAUUCCUGUCAUCCCUGUCGCAGAGUUGUGUCCCCAAUAAACAGGUGUCUUGAGGCACAGGGCACUGUG